GUAUUUGCCACUCUGUCACAAUGAAAGGGGAACUGACCUGAGGGGGAUGUCAGAGUCACUCCUGUCUGCAUGGGGCAUCCCCUUUGAAAUGUGGGUGCUGUUGAAAAGGAGUCACUUAGGUCCCAUGCACCUUUAUACCAGAUGAUGACAGGGGGAGGUCACGUGCCUGCCCGCCCAAGCCAGAGCUGUCUGUAGCCAGGUUUAGCAUCAUAGUUUGAUCCAGUCCAUAUGGACCAGAUUUUCCCUUGUAUCCUUAUUUUCAAAUGUUUCCUUUACAGGGGGGAGCUUCAUCCCACAGAUCCCCAAGUAUAAGGGCUCUGCCCCUUACCUGCUGGGGGCUUCACCCACAUUGUACAAACCUGGUGCCCAUGUUAAGGAGUUGUUAAUGUGCGCAGGGUGCAUGCUGGUGGUAGGAGGGGAGCGGGCAGCAUACUCACCUACUCCCUAUGCUGGCAUGUUGUCUUGAGCAGCCUCUGCCCACCAUGCAGCCUUGGUGCUGGAGGUGAAGAGUGGAAGCCUGGGUCACCUGGCUUCAGUUUCCAUGUGUCUCUGCUUCCGUGUGGCAUAGUCUGUCUCUGCAAUUGGACACUCCCAGCCCAGGGAGACAGCGAUAGGGAUAGGAUGGGCCUGCAGCUGUAAUCGCAGGUGGCCCGCCCCCCUGCCCCCUACCAAUAGGCUGGUUGGGUUUGGGGCAGGCCGACACUUUGCUGCUGUCUGCUGUAACCUUGGGUGUAACCCAAGAGCUCAGCCCUGCGAGAUGAAACAGGAGAAAGCUUCACCCAGUUGGGCCGCAAGAGAUCUGGGCUUAUGCGGCCAGCUGGCACCAGGUGGAUGUUUCCUGAAUUAAUCGGAAGCUCUUGGAGUACUAAGUACCCACGCAGUGGUGGAGCUGCUCCCCCCACCAGCCCCUUCCUGGGUGGAGGAUGUGGCAGUUAGGGACACUCAGCAGCCUACCCCAGGCUGGCAGACCUGGUACAGAUGACUCUCAGCCGGAUCUCCUCAAUUUCAAGAAGGGAUGGAUGUCCAUACUGGAUGAGCCGGGAGAGUGGAAGAAACACUGGUUUGUGCUGACGGACUCGAGCCUGAGAUAUUACAGGGACUCCAACGCUGAGGAGGCUGAUGAGCUGGAUGGUGAGAUUGACCUGCGCUCCUGCACAGAAGUGACGGAAUAUGCCGUGCAACGCAACUAUGGCUUCCAGAUACACACGAAGGACGCCACCUUCACCCUGUCAGCAAUGACCUCGGGGAUCCGGCGAAACUGGAUUGAGGCGCUGAGGAAGAACGUGCGCCCGGUCAGCGCACCGGAUGUCACAAAGCUAUCUGAUUGCAAUAAGGAAAACUCCUUCCGCAGCUGCGUCCCCCAGAAAGGCUCCCUAAGGUCAGAGGAGCAGUGGCCGGGCUUGGGGUCAGAGGUUAUUUCCAAGGGCAGUAACCGGAAGGUGGACGGGCCGCGCCACACCUUUGACUACGUGGAGCUGUCCCCCUUGAAUCAGGGGUCCCCGCAGCGGACGAGAGGCAGUUUGAGGGGGAUCUCUGACCGAGUCACCAAGCACGAGGACCUGGAACGGGACCUAGCCCUCCGCUCUGAGGAGAGGCGGAAGUGGUUUGAGGCUCCUGACACAGGGGUCCUGCAGGGCGACGGCCCAGCAGGGGCCCUCUGCUGGAAAGCAUGUGAGCAGGAGCUGCUGGGGCCCGCCCUGUCAGAGGACCAGCGCAGUCGGCUGAGUGAAGAGAUUGAGAAGAAAUGGCUGGAGCUGGAACGGCUGCCUCUGAAGGAGUCUAAGCGCCUUCCUCUGACUGCGCUGCUGAACCAGAGCAAGGGGGGCCAUGGAGACACGAGGGAGGCGCUGGAGAAAGAGGUCCAGUCCCUGAGGGCACAGCUGGAGUCCUGGCGUGCCCGGGGAGAGAGCCUUCGUGACACAGGAAAAUCCCAUGGAGAUGGCCACAUGCCCCAGGGAUUCAUCUCCCAGGAGGCAUGUGAGCGCAGCUUGGCAGAGAUGGAAUCUCUUCACCAGCAGGUCAUGACCGAGCUCCAGCGGCACCAUCAGCGGGAGCUGGAGCGGCUGCGGCAGGAGAAAGAGCGGCUCCUGGCUGAGGAAGCUGCGGCCACAGCUGCAGCAAUCGAAGCGCUGAAGAAGGUGCACAAGGAGGAGCUGACUAGGGAGCUGGGCAGGACACGCAGUUUCCAGCAGAGUGGGUCAGGCUCAGAGGCCCUCCGGAGACAGCACCAGUUGGACGUGGACUCUCUGAAGCGGGAGUUGCAGGUUCUCUCCGAGCAAUACUCCCAGAAGUGCCUGGAAAUCGGUGACCUCACAGAGAAAGCAGAAGAGCGGGAGCAGAUGCUGCAGCGCUGCCAACAGGAGGGGAAGGAGCUGCUCCGGCAGAACCAGGAGCUGCAGACAUGCCUGUCGGAAGAGAUCCAGAGGUUACGGACCUUCAUCACCUCGCAGGGCACAGGGGAUGGGGCCUUGCACAACGGCGAGAGGAGCUCCUGUGAGCUCGAGGUGCUGCUUCGAGUGAAGGAGAAUGAACUCCGGUACCUGAAGAAAGAAGUUCAGUGUCUUAAGGAUGAGCUCCAGAUGAUGCAAAAGGAUAAGAGAUUUGCCUCAGGGAAGUACCAGGACGUCUAUGUGGAGCUGAACAACAUCAAGCUGCGCUCAGAGCGGGAGAUCGAGCAGCUGAAGGAGCACCUACGCCUGGCCAUGGCAGCGCUGCAGGAGAAGGAGACACUGCGGAACAGCAUCAGCGAGUAGAGGUUUGUUUUGCUUGAUUCCUCACUUGUGGGGAGGUGGUGGCUGCAUCCCAUCCAUUGGCACCCCCUCGAGGAAACCAGCUCCCAUGUCUUUCACCAAUCCCCAUCCCAUGCGCCUGCGUAUCUGAGCACAUCGUUUGGACUGACUCCUACGUGCACCUUCUUCAGGAUUUUAUAUGUGAAAAAAUAUAUUUUAUAGAUACUUCACUUUUUUUUGUUUUGUGGGUGGGGAAUAUUUUAAAUCUACAAUAUCUUUUAACCAGCAGCUGAAGACCGAAGAAAAACAGCUGUUGCCCCUGCCUCGAGUGCUCCUUGUGGGGUGCGUCUAUGGGGUCGUGAGUGGCCUUCUCCCCACUCCUCCAGCCUAUUUGGAUGUGCUGGAAGGACAAUGCACCGAGACAGACGGUGGCUAGCCAUACGAGAGAACCAAUGUCCUGCACACGUUCCCCUGGAUCCCUGAAAGCUGAGAUGUUGGACAGAGCGUGCUCAAGUUGUUGGGGACUGUGCUCUCGCUCUGUGGACUGUAUUGAAGGGAGGUUUCGGUACCCGUGGGCCAUGUCUCUGUCCCAGGGCAAGGCCAGUCCCCUGGAGGUUUUGGAAGAGCCUGCCUCUUGCUAACACACUCCUGAGGAGGAGCCGGGGGACUCUGCACGCGCCACUGCUGCAUCCGCCGGAGCCAAACAAUGAAGGCGGCGGCUGCCCUUCCGCACAGUUAAUAGUUUAACUUAAUAAAAUCUUCAGCUAUC